CAGGAGCGGCUCGAGGCGGCGCAGAACGAGCUCGGCGUGCCGCUGCGCGACCACGUCCCCGUCGCCUUCGUCUCGCAGCGCUCCUGGGCGUCGGAGGCCGCCUCCGCGGGUCGCUACGUCCCCUCCCUCCUCCUCAUCGGCUUCCUCGUCGCAAUGUCGCGCGGCGCGCUCGGCGGCGGGAUUGGCGGCAUGGGCGGCGGCGGAGGCCUCUUCAACGUCGGCAAGUCGAAGGCGAUCAAGGCGUCCAAGGUGCAGACGCGCUUCAAGGACGUCGCUGGGCUGCAAGAGUCCAAGGCCGAGGUGAUGGAGUUUGUCGAUAUCCUCCAGAACCCGGAGCGGUACACCAAGCUCGGCGCAAAGAUCCCCAAGGGGGCUCUGCUCGUCGGCCCGCCCGGCUGCGGAAAGACGCUGCUCGCAAAGGCGACCGCCGGCGAGUCGAAGGCGCCCUUCUACUCCAUCUCCGGCUCCGACUUCAUCGAGAUGUUCGUCGGCGUCGGGCCGGCGCGCGUGCGCGACCUCUUCGCGCAGGCGCGCGCCAACGCGCCCUGCCUCAUCUUCAUCGACGAGAUCGACGCAGUCGGCCGCGCGCGCGGCAAGGGCGGCUUCAACGGAGGCAACGACGAGCGCGAGAACACGCUCAACCAGCUGCUGAUCGAGCUCGACGGCUUCUCGCCCUCGUCGGGCGAAUGCAUCGUCGUCCUCGCGGGCACCAACCGCGCCGACGUUCUCGACCCCGCGCUGCUGCGGCCGGGCCGGUUCGACCGCCAGAUCGUCGUCGACAAGCCCGACAUCACCGGCCGCGCAGAGAUCUUCCGCCUCGACGCCGACUCGGAGUCGUGGUCCCAAAAGAUGGCCGCCCUCACGCCCGGCUUCUCGGGCGCCGAGAUCGCCAACGUGUGCAACGAGGCGGCGCUCAUCGCGGCGCGGCGGAGCGAGAGCGUCGUCACCGCAGAGUGCUUCGACGCGGCGAUCGACCGCGUCAUCGCCGGCAUCGAGAAGAAGGACCUCACCAUCGACCCGUACGAGCGGCGCGUCGUCGCCUUCCACGAGGCGGGGCACGCCCUCUGCGGCUGGCUGCUCGAGCACGCCGACCCGGUGAUGAAGGUGUCCAUCGUGCCGCGCGGCCAGUCCGCCCUCGGCUACUCGCAGUCCCUCCCGCGCGACGUGCCGCUCUACACCGAGGGCCAGCUCGACGACAUGAUGUGCAUGGCGCUGGGAGGGAGGGCCGCAGAGCAGGUGGCGCCGCCCCACCCCCUCUGCGCCCCGCCGUCCCCCCGCUCGCCUGUGACCGUGUACGGCCUCUCGUCGCGCGUCGGCCCGCUCUCGUUUGGGCAGCAGGAGGAGUCCAACACGCUCUACCGCCCCUACUCCGAGAAGACGGCGCGCGUGAUCGACGAGGAGGUGUCCAAGAUCAUCGACGCGUCCUACGAGCGCGCCGUGUCGCUGCUCACCGAGCACCGCGACAAGCUCACCGCCCUGGCCGAGUCGCUGCUCGAGAAGGAGGUGAUCGGCUCGGACGACCUGAUCCGCGUGCUCGGCGAGCGGCCCUUUUCAAAGUCGGUCGACUACGAUGAGUUUGUCAACGCCUCGUGGAAGCGGAAGCUUGAGACGGCGGACGACGCGGGCGAGGACGCCGGAGGGGGCGGCGGCGGCGGGAGCGGCGGUGGCGGCGGCGAGGAGCUGCCGCCGGCACAGGCGGCCGCGUGA